CCCCCGCAGCCUCCGGGGCAGCCCGCAGCGGCUCCGCACCGCCCCCCCCCCGCCGCUCCAGCCGCCCCCAACCCCCCGCCCCCCCACCCCCGGCCGCGGAGCCGCCCGCGAUGCCGCCCCCUCCGCGGCUGUUGCCGCUGCUGGUGCUGGGGCUGGGGCUGGGGCUGGGGGCGCGGGCGGGAGCCGGGGGGGGCUGCCAGCUGCCGGCCGAGUGGCGGCCGCUCAGCGAGGGCUGCCGAGCCGAGCUGGCCGCUAUCAUCGUCUACGCGCGGGUGCUGGCGCUGCACCCCGACCCCUACGGCGCCUACAACUACCUGCCCUGGCAGAGGGGCCCCCCCGCCGGACCCCCGCAGGGGGCGGGGGGGCUCUUUUAUUCGGCCGAGAUCGAGCUGCUGUGCGACCAGGCGUGGGGCAGCAUGCUGGAGGUGCCCGCCGGCUCCCGCCUCAACCUCACCGGCCUCGGGUACUUCUCCUGCCACUCGCACACCGUCAUGCAGGGCUACGCGUAUUUCUUCUUCCUCCGAAUGGAUGAGAACUACAUCCUCCUGCCGCAUGGAGUCAACUUCCAGGAGGCGAUUUUCCCGGACACUCAGGAAAACAGAAGGAUGUUUGCCAGCCUUUUCCAGUUUUCUAACUGCUCGCAGGCACAGCAUGUGUUGAGCUUCUCCACUGACUGGGAGAUUCAAGAGGACAACCGGCUCAUGUGCUCCUCAGUCCAGAAAGCCCUGUUUGAGGAGGAGGACAGAGUGAAGAAGCUGCAGCAGAAAGUGGCGACACUGGAGAAGCGCAACAAGCAGCUGCGAGAUCGGGUGAAGAAAGUCAAGAGGUCUCUCCGGCAAGCUAGGAAAAACACCAGGCACAUGGAGCAGAUGAACCGAAAGCUCAGCGAGAAACUUUCCUCUGUAGGUGGUCAAAUCCCUUAUAUUAACUCUUUGAAGCAGGAGAACUCCCAUGCUACCUACCUUAAAGUAUAAUGCAAGAGUAAGUGCUCAGGCCAGUGAUAAUGGCGAAUUUUGCCUACAUUAGAUCAGGAACUGGCCCUCACACCUUCUCUACAGUGUGCUUCAAACCUUGCAUGGAAAAGGAAUCUGAACUUGUUUUAGAUGCAGUGCUAGAUUAAACGUGAAUGCAAACUGGGUUUGGCUGUGUGUUGGAGGCACAGCCCAAAGCUGUGUCCUCACCGUCUUCAGUGGACACAGAGUCAGACAGUGGUCUGUACCUCUCUGCCCUCACCUCACUCUGUCUCCAUCACCACUUUGAUGAAAGUGCCAGUUCAGCCCCACAGGAUGUUGCAGGCCCUUGGUGCCGGAGCUGUUCUUGCCAGCUUAUCUCCUCCAUGUGGGCUGGGCAGGCAAGGCCAGGGGGAUAUACAGAGAUGGUUGCUGUGGGAAGGAUGCAGGGAUGAAUGGCCUUUGCUCAAUCACCACCCCCAAGCUCUCAGCCUCCCUUAAGCUUGACUGAAGUCUACACCCAGUGCCUGAGCAAAGGCUACGUCUGGGACACACUCAGUUUGGGCCUCGCUUUGAAAGGAAGCACAGAUGUGCUCAAAUUGUCUUAAGAGCAUUUCUAAAUAUCCCUAAAUAUUUUUAUUUAAAAUAUCUAAUAUUUUUUAUUUUACCAGGAAGUGCCUCAAGGGUCUCAGUAACUCCCUCAGGUGCCUUUAUUGUUGCUCAGCUAAAAGGGCUGGAAACCACAUCAUUUUGGGACCAUGUCUAGGGCCUAAUCAAACCCCUCAGUCAGGAGGGGACUUAGCCUGGCUAUUAGUGGGUGCUGGCUUAGGCCCAGCAGACAAUUUCAGAUCCCAUUUUCAAGCAGGUUUUAUUUACAGUGUGGACAAGGCUUCAAGUUUUGUAAUCACUGUUUGAGAUAUAAUGGAGGUUGCUGGGCAGCCUCACUUAGUUACACUUAGAUGCUGUAGAGACCACAUCAAUAUCAACAGGGCAUUAAAAAUUAAGGUAGUUUAUAUAUGUAUAUAUUUUAAAAUCCUAUAGAAAAUAUUUUUAUUACACAUUUGAUAUAGUCUAAUUUCUUAAAAUAUGAAGUAAUACCCAUUUCUUGGUUAUCUUGUUGAAAAAAGUCAUCAUGUCCUUUAUGAGUCAUUUACAACAUCAAUAUUCAUGACUGAUAACAUUUUCAGCUGUGUUAAUGUAUCAGAGCAUAUCUUGGGUCUUGAUGCUUAACCAACCUUUCUUCAUAACAGGGCGCCAUAAGGAGAGAAAGGUAGAAGAAGAGAUUUUGUGUUGUUCUUUCCUUCUCAAAGUAAUUUUUCUUGCUCCAAGCCUAAGGCCGAAGUGCAGAUGUGCUUCAUGCUUUUUGACAGGGGCAGCCCGUGCUUGCCCAGCCUGGAGCAACACCGACAGUCUGCCAGGGUUAAACCUGAUUUGUACAAGGUGGACUGAUCCAGGUGAUCUUUAACAUAAGAGGUGAGGUCCUCAGAAAAAACAGUGUGUGGACCACUAGUCUGCUCCUAACUUGCCAUACGUACCAGAUCACUGCAUGGUCUCCAUACUGUGUCUCAGCACUCAAAAUUAAAGUAUAUCCAGGAUACAGCCCUGCUGGACCACGCUUUAACUAUCCCUGUGCUAGGAAAAGCCCGUAUCGCCUUUCAGCCAUCAGCUUCAUUCCAAGCUGAACUCAGAAGUUAAGCCUUGUGUUGGCUUCUAGGAUGCUGCUGAGUUUAAUUACCUUCCAGUUUUUCUCCUUUUGGAAAUAGAGCUUCCCUCCCCCUCCCCACCCCUUGAAAUAAUAUUGGCAUUUCUUAAGAUUCUGACUCCUCCACAAGCUCUGCUGGUUUCAAAGGCUCUGCCUACCGAAUCAGCACAAUUUGAGUUGUUUUGUGCUGUAGUCAGCAAUGCUGUUUCCUGAGAAAUACUACAGACCCAAGGCUUCCCUAGAAGCCAUCAAGAGAUUUUAACUCCAAACUUUAAAUCCAUAGGAAAGUAACUACUUUUUUUUUUUUUUUUUGGGGGGUGUGUGUGUGUGUGUGUUUCUGGUUUCUAAACUGCUGUUUAAAUAAGUGAACUGUUUUUCCUGGUAUAGGUAUUAAAAGCCUGUGUUUUAAUUUUUUGUUAAUAAAAAUAUUCCCUCUGGUAUUCAUUCACAUUUUAUAAAUGUUUGUAUAAAGCUGAGAAAGUAUAGUUAAUAUAGCUACACCUUUGCUAUUCUUACAAAUCUUCCAAACACGGUGUUGAAAAAGCUUUUUCUUUUGGCUGAUGUUUCUUGUCUUUUGAUUAAAAGAUUAGAAUUUUCUUCCUAUUUCCUCCUUUUAUCUAGCUUAAAAAAAAAGUAAACCAUUUUGUUCUCCUUGUCA